GAGAGUUCAUUGUCAUGGUCUCAUGCUUUGAAGAUCAGGGACUAUUUUUGGCAGAGGUCAGAAACUGAAUGCAAAGAAAGUUUUGAAGAGGAAGCCCGCAAGAAAGAUAGAGAACAGAAAAGACAGAAUGAAUGCGCCUCCAUAAUUCAACGGGCUUGGCGUCGACUAAUAUCAAAAAGACUUGAAUUUCAGAACAAGGCUGUCAAAUUAAUACAGAGAGCUUGGAGAAAGCAUCGAAGAACGAGGAGGAACAAGGCUGUCAAAUUAAUACAGAAAGCUUGGAGAAAGCAUCGAAGAACGAGGAGGAAUGAAUGUGCGUCCAUAAUUCAACGGGCUUGGCGUCGACUAAAAUUAAAAAGACUUGAAUUUCAGAACAAGGCUGUCAAAUUAAUACAGAAAGCUUGGAGAAAGCAUCGAAGAACGAGGAGGAAUGAAUGUGCGUCCAUAAUUCAACGGGCUUGGCGUCGACUAAAAUUAAAAAGACUUGAAUUUCAGGUAGCGCAAUUUUAUUGCCGAAAAACCCAUGGAUAUUACGCAGUAAAAACCUUUAAGGAGAAUGAAGCAAACAAAUCGAUGGUGUUGAAAGAAACAUUCAUCCUCCUCCACUUGGCCGGGAGUUCCAGGGUUACCCAGUUAUGCCGGGCGUUUACCAUCAAACUCACAAAAACAGCCUUAGCGCUUGAGUAUUUGCCCGGUGGGGACUUUGCUGGAGUUCUGCGAGCCCAGGGAGGAAAACUGAGUGAGGAACGCGCCAGGUUUUACGCCGUCGAUAUCGGCCUGGGAUUGAAAUAUUUGAAUUCGAAAAGAGUCAUCCACAGAGAUCUAAAACCGGAAAAUAUUCUGGUAACCUCAAAUGGCCACCUGAAGCUGUCAGACUUCGGUCUGAGCGAAUUUGUCGGCUUUGCAGUCACUGGAGUAUGUGGAACUUAUCCAUAUAUGGCGCCUGAGAUGAUCAUGGGAGAGUCUUAUACUUACUCUGUGGACUGGUGGUCCUUUGGCGUGACUUUAUUCCUGAUGCUGACCGGCAAGCUACCAUUUUAUGGUAAAGACAAGAGACAACUUUUCGAAAACAUCGUAUACACAACGCCUGAUAUCCCCAAUUGGCUUGGGAGAGAGACCAGAGAUUGCCUUUUCAAGCUUCUCCAAAAAUGCCCGGAUGUGAGGCUUGGCGUUGACAAUUUCCAAUACCAUCCGUUCUUCAGCUGCCUUCAGUCUUCAGAACCUUUGGCACUUGCAUGUGGUUCAUCCGCGGUAAAUACGACAGCAGAGAAUGAG